AUGCAGACUAUGUUCUUGACUCAGUUCCAGGCAACCGUCAAGUAUGCUCCACCGGUCACCACUUUGGCAAACAUCAAACAGAAGGAAGGAGAGACUCUCCAUGCUUACUUCAAGCGUUUUAAUGCGGAAUCAUCUAAUGUUCGGGGAGCGACAGAUGAGACAUUGAAAAGUUUCUUGGUGGCAGGGCUUCGAGUAGGAACCGACUUUUGGAAACACUUGCAAGGCAAUGAUCCCAAGUCCUUAGCGGAUCUUUAUGCAAGGGCUGAAGCAUACAAGAAUGUCGAGCAAUCACUGGAUGAGAGUAGGAAGAAUGACAGAAGCCCUGUUAAGGCCCGGCAAAAGAGGAGAGACCGGUCCCCAAGUCCAGAACAAAGGGGGAGGCGACGAAGUCCCAAUCGGGUCAACACCACGUACAAAAGGAACUACACGCCUCCUAGGGAUCAUGAAGAAAGAGGAGAUCGUUGGACAUCGCUCGCUGCACCAAUUGACCACAUCUGCGAAGUUAAUCGAGACAAGGGACUCUUUCGCAGGCCAGCACCACUAAAUUCUUGGAGAGCCAAGAAUAAGGACAAGUACUGUGAGUACCACGAAUCAACUGGGCAUGACACCCAUGAAUGUAGGCAACUGAAAGAAGAGAUCGAAUCGCUAAUCAAAGAAGGUCACCUUAAUGAGUGGAUAGUACGUGAAGCCCGAUCUCGAUGGGAUAUUCGAGCCAAAGACAAGAGAGGACUUGGUUAUACAGGGGACCAAGUGUGA